AUGGAAGAUGGAUGGAGCGUGAAAGGCGGACGGCGGGCGGGCGGGCGGGCAUGCCGGGCUGUUGUGACGAGGGGACUAGGAGUCGAGUCCCAGGGCAGCGGACAGGUCCCUUUCCAGGAGCCCCAGGAGCCCAUGGAGGUCAGGCAGGGCAGGGCAGGGCCGCCAGUACCAGGCUCUGGGUAUGUAUACCUUCAGUUUACCCACUUACCUAUGACGCCAGGCCUCGAGAACACUUCGAAGAUCGACCAGAUCCGCUACCUAGUUAUGGUGAUAAACCUCGAAGAUCCCCCAAGAUCGACGUCGCAUCCUUACCCCGGCCGGAUCUGCUGGAUGUACGGCACCUUCCUGAGUGCCGCUGAGUCUCAUAUCUCCCAGGAGGACCAUCGUCAACUUCUCAUAUUACAGCUCAUGGGAGUUUUUGAUCGUGGUUCGGAGUCAACGAUCCAGCUUUUUCCAUUCCUUCUUUUCGAGAAAGAAGACGGGCGUUGUGGAUGUGAUGAUGGAAACAUGCACGAUGGGCACGUCACCACGGCAAUGGGCGAUAAGGAGGGUACAAGUAGCUGGAGUGCCUUCGGUCACCAUAACGUUUUGUCAGCCUGUGUCACGGAUUACAAGCAUAGCUAG